AUGUCCUAUGAUGUAUUACCUGGAAAUAUUCUUCUUCCAGCUCCCAAAGAUUGGGAUGAAAGUGAAGAAAUCAAUCGAAAAUAUCUUCGUCUCUUAACUGCGAGUGCAUUCCGAAAAAAGACAACGUCAUCUGUCAAGGACGAUCAUCGACGUCAUGAGGACGAUGAGACCAAUCGUGACAAUGAUGAUGAAAUGAAUGAUGACGAAAAAUCAAACACCACACUCUCAAAACUUUCUCAACGUUCUCAUCUUCAUGAUUCUUCCAUUGAGGAUCCACUUCAAUUACUUCACAUGUAUGAUCCUUCGGUACUUUCCAAAUAUAGUUGGAUGGCUGCCACUAGUCAAAAUGGUGAUGUGUUUGUAGAGAGUGAUAAAUUCAAUCCAAGACUCUUUCUUGCCACUAAACAUCAUUCAUUGAAAUAUGAAAAUUUAGGGUUGGCUAAACGAAAUUUAAAACAAACUGAAAAUGAACUCAAAAUGAAAAUGAUUAUUCUCUCUGAAAAGAAUAUUCAUAAAUUUACUGAAGCAAAGAAUGCCAUCGAUGCCUUGUGUUCCAAUAGAGAUGCUAAAUUUAGAGAUGGAAGUGUGAAUCGAUUGGAUCAAUCAUUGAUGAAUGUUCAAGAAGAUUCGGAACGAUUAUUUGAACCAUUGAUUCAAAGAAAGAAAGAAUGUGAGGAAAUCAAAGAAGUAUUACAUUUAUUUAAAAAGACCAAAUUUGUAUUAUAUCUCCCAAGUAACAUUAAGGAAAAUAUAAAAAAAGAAGAAUACAAGAAGGUGGUACAUGAUUACAAUCGUGCCAAAUAUUUCAAACAGAAAUUUGGUCACUUUGAAUUAUUUCAACCCAUUUUCAAAACGAUUGAACAAGACAUUUCACAAUUAACUGAAAUUCUAUUCAAAAAGUUGAGUUUUAACACCAACACUGAUAUUGACAACUUGUUGAACAAUCAUGUCAAUCGAAUGUAUACAUCUUCAUCAAUGGUCAGUUCUUCUUCAGAAGACUCUUCAAAUGAUGCUCUUGGAAUUGAUGGUGGUCGGUAUGUUGGUGUUGGUAUGAGUAGUAGUGUUGGUGUUGGUGUUGGUAUGAGUAGUAGUGUUGGUGUUGGUGUUGGUUGUUGUGAGGGUGGUGGUGGUCAAUGUGGUGGUGAUAUUGAAGAGUCUUCCAUCAUUGGUUCUUCUUCUUCUUCUUCGACUGGUUCCUUCAAAUUAUUAAAUGAUUAUCAAGAACGUAUGAUUGGAUUUUUAAAUAAUUUGGAAUCGAAACAAGAUCCUGCAUGGUACUAUUUAGAGAAAAUGCACACGUUCAUUAAGGAUACACUUCAACGUUGUUUAGAUACUUAUGAAAAGAAUACUCGAGAUAUUUCAGAUCUUAUUGAACAAGAAGAACUCUUUGAAAUGAAUCACAAUCAUCCAUCAUUCAUGAGUGAAGAGGAUGACAUUGCCUCAACUCAAUGCUAUACUUCCUUUUUUAGACAAUUAUUAGAAAGAAAAACAGUUGAUUUGGUCAUUGAUUUGACAAAUAUUCUACUCAAAACAAUUCCAGAUUUUUGGCAACUUUCUCAAAAUAUUCUCAUUGGAAAAUAUCUUCCAAAGAAAAAGAGAAUUAAGAAAGAAAGUGAAAAUGAUGAAAAGGAAAAACAAAUUGUUAAUCUCAUGAGAGAUAUUACAUUGAAAUAUUCAGAUAUUGUAAAUACUGCAAUUGAAAUGGUUGACAAUCACUCUGCACACCAGAAAUCACUCUCUCAAUGUGUGUGUGAAAUUAUUCGAUGCAACGAACAAUUGAAUCAAUUGAAAAUACCAAAAAAGUACAUUUCACAUUUCGAUGAAUUUACAGAUCUCAUGACCAGAUACAUGGUUCAUGAAAUUUGGAAUCGAACCAUUGGAGAAGUCUCAAGAUUUUAUGUUUUAGAAAAAUGGAAACCCAUUUCUGAAACUCUUACCAUCACUGAAUUACCACUCAAAUUUCAAGAUUUUAUCAUCAAAACACUCUCAUUGUUGAGACCAUUGGUGUCAAAAGGAAAUGUUUUCAAACAAGAUCUAGUCUCUGAAAUUGAGAAACAUUUCAUGCAGUGUUUGAAAGUAUUUGCUGAUAAUUAUCAUGAGCUUUCAUUCAAUGAAGAGGAACUUUCAAGAAAACAAUCCAUGAGUGGCAAAUAUCGAUUCUCUGUUCAUAAUUUUAACAAAAUUGAAGAAAGAGAUUCUCGUCUUCUUCUCACUCUGAGUAAUUGUUCACACACCAAGAAUGUCAUUUUGUAUAAUGUGUUGAGUGCAUUUGUGGCAGGAUUUAAAUUACAUCCUUCAGCAGUGACUCAUCCAUUCAGUAGUACUAGUUCGAAUAAUUCGAAUAGUACUACUACUAUGACUACUACUACUACUAAAAUUACUACUACUACUACUGGGACUACUAGUACUACUUCUAAAAUUAGUACUACUGGAAAACAAACAUUCCAUGAUGAUGAUUCUUUUGACAAUACGAUACAAGAAGAAGAAGAUGAUGAUUCUGACAAGAGUGAAGAAGCAAGAUCCUCCAAAAAUCUCUCUAAAAAUCUUCUCUCAGAAAUGGAUUUGAGUUUUCGUGUGACCAGUAAGGAUUUACAAACACAUACCAUGACUUUUAUGAAACAAGAUUCCAUUCAACAAGUCUUUCAUGUCUAUGAUACAUUGAUUGAUUUAUUGAUCAAUGAUUUUGUGAGAAAGAAAUCUCAUGCAUUUAUGAAGAGAAUUGAAAAGGGUUUAAUUUUGAGUGGAUACGACUGGAAACGUUCUCCCACACCCACCAGUGUUCGUUCCUAUAUUUUGGAUUUAUUAUUAGAGUUGUCGAUGGUGCAUGCAAAGACUGAAAAGAUUACUAGUGUGACCAUUGGAUCUGAUUUUUACAAAACUGGAAGUAUUUUCAAUGACAUGAAUAGUUUGGAUGUGAAACGAGAAUUUACUUCAAAAAUUUUCUCUCUUCUCACAGAGCGAUUGGCAGAAAUAUUUCUCUAUCAUGCCAAGUCCAUUGAGGAGAUGGGAGAAAAUGCAGCUCUUCAAUUAGACAUUGAUGUCUCAUUCUUGAGAAAGGCUUUGGAAUCAUUUGAGACCUCUCGAGCAAAGCAAAUAUUCAAAAAGCUCAACAAACAUCUCUCUCAAGUGACACGCUUUUCUUCCAGUACGGAACAACUCAAAGCUUCGAUCAUUCAUGAUAUGGCUGAGAAGACGUACACACAAUUGGACUGUUUUAACAUUCAUGUGGAGAGUUCUCUAAAUUUAUUGUCUAUUUCGACCUCUUUCAAGUUGCUCAAUCGUUCUACUGCUCAUGAGUAG